UGGGGCGGACGCGGGCUGCGGGCUGAGCGCGAUUCUCGGACGCCCCUGCGCUCUGCGGUCCGCGCCGGCGCUCGGCCGCUACGCAAACUGCGGGCCAGGGUGGCCCCCCGCCCGGAGCGAGGGCGGUUGCCGCUUCUGCCCCGCAUGGAGCCCGUGCGGCUGCCGGACGAGGACGCCUUUCGGGCUUUCCAGGAGGAGUGCGUGGCCGAUCUGGGCUGGCAUUGCCGCUACAACCGGGAAGGCAUCGCCGUUUGGGGGCAGCCGCCGCCGCAGGGGGACUUCACGGUGCACCGCGUGAAGGGCCGCAUCCACAUGCCAGAUGUGCUGGCCCAGACGGCAUAUGACGUGCUGCACGACACGGAGUACCGCAAGAAGUGGGACAUGAACGUCAUUGGGACCCACGAGAUCGCCCGCCUCUCGGACAACGCUGACGUGGGCUACUACUCAUGGAAGUGCCCCAAACCGUUGAAGAACAGGGACGUAGUGGCACUGAGGUCCUGGCGAGUCCUGGAUGACUCUUACAUCAUCCUCAACUUCUCUGUGAAGCAUCCAGAAUAUCCUCCAAGCAAGGACCUGGUGAGGGCCGUCUCGAUCCUGACUGGGUACUUGGUCAAGCCAACUGGACCCAGCAGCUGCAUUCUGACCUACCUGGCACAGGUUGACCUUAAAGGUAAGGAUGCCUCCUACAGAUAUGCUAGAGUGGCCAGGUGUCAGUCCUUACAGAGGACAGUUUCAUUCCUCAGAACUAUUCCGUGCAGCUGUAUAAAAGGUGACGGUCCAUCAGAAAGAGAUCUUGAAGUUGGCCUAGGCAGAUUGUCCUACACCAGUGGUGGGCACUCGAUAUGUACAAGGUUCACCAUAACUGGGCUGGGAUUAGAAGAACAAAGUGUCCUGGCAUGA